UCUUCCAAAUGCUUUCAUUAACUAUAUGCGAUGUUCAAUAAUUCUUUUAAAAAUUUUAGUCAUUAAGUUCUACAACGCGCCUGAAAAGUUUGGAAUUUUAAUUUUGAUUCAUGAUGCUGAAUUUUUCAACCUUUUUAUUGCUACACUCGCCAAUGGAACACUUGUCAGAUGUUGCUUGCUAGUUUUUGUUUCUAAAAUCAUUUCAGCACAAGAAUUGCGUGUGGUUCAUGAGUCAUUGGAUUGCAGAACAUUUAUAAGUUUUUUUUUUUUUAAAAAAAAAAAUUUAAAUCCGGGAGAAUUCAGGUUCAGUUAUUUCUCAAACUUGCGAAUUCCAGCGUGGUGAGUGGAAAUUUUUAUUAUAUUGAUUUUGGGUAUGUUCUCAAAUUUGUUAUUGUCGAACGACCCUAGGAAGUGAGCUCUCAAAUGAAUAAGUCUUGCAGCAUUAAAGAGACUGCACAUAGUUACAGUCUGCAUGCCACUUUUCAUCUUUUAAAAUGUUCAUCCUCUUCAUUUUGAUUUAGCCCCCUGAUAUAUGUAUAUGUUAUCAGUGUUAAGUGUUCAACUAUCCAUGAUUCAAUGAAGAAAACAAGGGUAUCGCAUUGCAUAUAGUUUUAUGAUUAAUGAGAGAAAAAUUAUGAAUAAUUUCAUGACUCGUAAAGUUGAAAUGCUAUGCUUCACCAGCAUGAUCGAAGAGACUAUUGUUGCUUCGUGUACUCAGUAAAUGUAACUCAGCAUAGUGGAAAUUUAUUAAGGAGGAUGGCAAUUAUCCUUGGAGCAAAUAUGUGUUACAUUACAAGUUCCAAAACGAAUAAAGGGAUCAAAAGAUUUGAUAUUGAAGAUAAACUGCAAUCCAGGUCUAAUAUUGCACUGCCUCCUGUGGAAGCUUCAUCAAGUAGUCGCAGGCAUCUUUUAGUCAAUGUUGGCUCUUCAUUGGUUACAAUGACAUGCUGUUGUGGUUUAUCACCAUUAAUGGUAUGGGCUGAAGAGAAGUCAACUGAUAAAGAGGAAGAUGAUACAGGGGUUAUUGGGACCAUAAAAUCAUUACUUGAUCCUAACGAGAAAACAAAGUCUGGAAAGUUGUUGCCAAAGGCUUACUUGAAGUCAGCAAGAGAGUUAGUGAAAACAUUGCGUGAAUCUUUAAACGAAGCCCCUGCUGAUAUUACCAAAUUUAGACGUACUGCAGACGCAGCAAAGGAGUCAAUUCGAGAGUAUUUGGGCAGUUGGAGGGGACAGCAAACUGUUGUUCAAGAAGAAUCAUAUGUUGUUUUGGAGAAAGCAAUCAGAUGUUUGGCAAACUUUUAUUCAAAGGCAGGGCCAUCAGCCCCACUGGCGGAGGAAGUCAAGUCUGAAAUAUUGGAUUAUCUAAAUACUGCUGAAGAAUUUUUGUAGAACAUCUUCCAAUAGGUGUUGUAUAAACAAAACCAUUUCAAACUCCCUGGAUACCAGGUGGUAUGUGAUUAAGUCAUUUUAUUCUUCAUUAAAAUUAACUUUAGUUCCAAAAAAAAUUGAAUAUUUUUUUUCAUGUGAAUUUUUACUUCCCUAGUCUUGAUUCAUGA